GGUUGAAGACUUGAAGUGACAGCAGAGAAGACUCACUAGCCUCAAGUCCUCAACCCUGCAAACCAAAAGUAGUCCAAUCCUCACAGACCUCCACAGAUUGAAACUUCCCAGAAGUUGCGUUUCAAUCAUCACAAACCUACUAGACUUGUUCAGUUUUCUGGUUUUCUUCUCUAUACUUCAUUUUUGUAGCUCUUAAACUAGUAGUUACAUCAAAGCAUCACACCAUUACAGUGCAGAAAAACUUGAUGUUGUUGCAUUAUUAUUAAUUUCGUAAACUGGUUGCAGGUUCAAAGAAUAUUGAAAAUGGAAUGAGUAACAUCUUUAUUAUAUGGUUUAAUCGAAGCUAUAUUAUUUAAUUUCACCCUUUAUCUUCUUUUUGUCUUGUCUAGCAUAUCUCCUAACUUGUUUUGUAGUGCAGAACAUACUAUCAUAUUUCAGAGAUUUGUGGAUAGAAACUUUUGUUUUUGUUGCUGUAUAAUUAAAUAAUGGCAUCUUCAUCUUCUUCUUCCCAUGUUCCUAGAAUCAAAUAUGAUGUCUUUGUUAGCUUCAGAGGCACAGACAUACGCUAUGGUUUUCUCAGCCAUUUGAAGAAGGAGCUUCGCCAGAAGCAAGUGGAUGCCUUUGUAGAUGACAGGCUUGAAGGGGGAGAUGAAAUAUCACAUGCACUUGUCAGAGCAAUUGAAGGGUCACUCAUGUCUUUGGUCAUAUUCUCCAAGGACUAUGCUUCUUCUAAAUGGUGCUUGGAGGAGCUUGUGAAAAUAGUUGAGUGCAUGGACACAAGUAAACAGGUUGUGAUUCCUGUUUUCUACAAUGUUGAUCCAUCUCAUGUGCGGCACCAGAAAGGAGCUUAUGGAGAUGCCUUGGAUAAACAUGAAAAGAGUAAAAGAAACUUAGCCAAGGUGCAAAAUUGGAGAUCUGCUUUGAGUGUAGCUGCUAAUCUUUCUGGAUUUCAUUCAUCAAAAUUUGGGGAUGAAGUUGAGCUUAUAGAAGCAAUUGUCAAAUCUUUGUCAUCCAAGUUGAAUCUUAUGUACCAAAGUGAGUUAACAGACCUUGUUGGAAUUGAAGAACGGAUUGCAGAGUUGGAGUCACAAUUGCGCCUAGGGUCGACAAUGGAUGUUCUUGCCCUUGGAAUUUGGGGCAUGGGGGGAAUUGGUAAGACAACUAUUGCAGCUGCAGUAUAUAACCGUCUUUGUUUUGAAUUUGAAGGGUGUUGCUUUAUGGCAAACAUAAGGGAAGAAUCAGAGAAACAUGGAAUGAUUUAUCUGAAGAAUAAAAUUCUCUCUAUAUUACUAAAGGAAAAUGAUCUACAUAUUGGCACACCUAAUGGAGUUCCCCCUUAUGUUAAGAGAAGGCUCGUUCGUAAAAAGGUUCUUCUUGUUCUUGAUGAUAUCAGUGAUUCAGAGCACCUAGAAAUUUUAGUUGGAGCACUUGAUUGGUUUGGAUCUGGUAGCAGAAUUAUUGUAACAACUAGAGAUAAGCAAGUGCUUGGUAAAAUAGUUGACAGUAUAUAUGAGGCAAAGGCAUUAAACUCUGAUGAAGCUAUUAAGCUUUUCAUUAUGAAUGCCUUCGAGCAACAAAGUUGUGUUGAUAUGGAGUGGAAUGAGUUAUCAAGAAGGGUGAUUCAGUAUGCUAAUGGAAACCCAUUAGCUUUGAAAGUUUUGGGCUCUUUUCUUUAUGGUAAAAGCAAGAUAGAAUGGUUAAGCCAAUUGCAGAAACUUAAGAAAAUGCCUCACUCCAAAAUCCAAAAUGUGUUGAGAUUGACUUAUGAUAGACUUGAUCGAGAGGAGAAAAACAUCUUUCUAUACAUUGCAUGUUUUUUGAAAGGAUAUGAAUUACACCGAGUAAUAGUUCUGCUUGAUGCUUGUGGUUUGUCAACAAUUAUUGGGUUAAGAGUCCUUAAAGAUAAAGCCCUUAUCAUUGAAGCCAAGGGCUCUGGAAGAUCAAUUGUGUGGAUGCAUGACUUGAUACAAGAAAUGGGUUGGGAGAUUGUUCGAGAAGAAUGUAUUGAAGACCCUGGGAAACGCAGUAGGUUAUGGGAUCCUAAUGAUAUUCAUCAAGUGUUGGAAAAUAACACGGGAACUAAAGCCAUUAAAAGCAUAACUCUGAACGUCUCAAAAAUUGAUGAGCUGUGCUUAAGUCCUCAAGUCUUUGCUGGGAUGCCAAGAUUGAAGUUUCUUAAUUUUACCCAACCUUAUGCUGAUGAUCAAAUCCUGUAUUUUCCUCAGGGCCUUGAAUCUUUUCCAACUAAGCUACGACUUCUAAAUUGGGUUAGUUAUCCUUUGAAAUCCUUGCCUCAGUUUUUUUGUGCAGAAAAUCUUGUUGAGCUCAAAAUGACUUGGAGCCGAGCGGAAAAACUCUGGGAUGGGAUUCAGAAUCUUGAACAUUUAAAGAAAAUUGACCUGAGUUAUUCCAAGUAUCUGAUAGAGCUCCCAGAUUUUUCAAAGGCCUCAAAUCUUGAAGAAGUAGAACUCUACGCUUGCAGAAAUUUGCUGAGUGUUCAUCCCUCUAUCUUAUCUCUUAACAAGCUUGUGCGGUUGAACCUUUUUUACUGCAAAGCGCUUACCAGUCUUCGAAGCGAAACCCAUUUAAGAUCCCUCCGUGACCUCUUCCUCGGUGGCUGCUCAAAACUCCAAGAGUUUUCAGUGACUUCAGAGAGCAUGAAAGACUUGACUUUAACUUCAACUGCUAUCAAUGAAUUGCCCUCAUCAAUUGGGAGUCUCAGAAACCUGGAAAUGCUGACUCUUGAUAACUGCAAAAGUCUAAGCAAUCUUUCAAACAAGGUUGCUGAGCUAAGAUCACUUCGGGAGCUUCAUGUUCAUGGUUGCACACAGCUUGAUGCAUCAAAUCUGCAUGUCCUGGUUAAUGGUUUGAGGUCUUUGGAAACAUUAAAGCUGCAAGAAUGUCGAAACUUGUUCGAGAUUCCAGACAACAUCAGCCUCCUAUCUUCAUUGCGCCAAUUGUUACUAACCGGAACAGAUAUUGAGAGAUUUCCUGCAACAAUAAAGCAACUUUCUAACCUUGAAAAGAUUGACUUAAGGGAUUGCAAGAGGCUUUGUUAUCUGCCAGAACUUCCACUAUCCUUGAAAGAGUUACAUGCCAAUAACUGUUCAUCCUUGGAGACUGUAAUGCUUACUUCAAGAGCUAUUGAACUACUACAUCAACAAGCAAAUAAGAUGCACACACAAUUCCAAAAUUGUGUAAAUUUGGAUAAGUAUUCACUCAGUGCUAUUGGAGUUAAUGCUCAUGUAAGCAUGAAGAAAUUGGCAUAUGAUAAUCUCUCAUCAUUAGGAAGCAAGUUUCUUGAUGGUCCAGUUGAUUUUAUGUACCCUGGAAAAAAAGUUCCAGAGUGGUUCAUGUACAGGUCAACACAGGCUUCAGUAACUCUUGAUCUGUGUUCUGCUCCGCGUUCCAAAUUUAUGGGUUUCAUAUUCUGCGUCAUUGUCGGUAAGUUCCCAUCAGAUGACAACAACUUCAUAGGGUGUGACUGUUACCUGGAAACCGGUAACAGCGAAAGGGUCAAAAUGGAUGCAUGGACUAGUAUCCACGCCGGUAAAUUUGUUUCUGAUCAUGUCUGUAUGUGGUAUGAUCAACGAUGCUGUCUGCAAAGCAGUGAAUGUGAAAAUGAUAGUAUGGAAAUGGAAGAACAUGUGGCUGGUUGCAAUAUUCCAAAGGUUUCAUUUGAAUUCUUUGCUCAAAGUGGAAGCACUUGGAAAAAGCAUGAUGAUAUCAUUGUAAAAGGGUGUGGAGUGUGUCCUUUAUACGACACAGAAUAUGACAAUUUCAUAAAGCAAAUGGAAUUGGAGUUGGAAACCACUUUGCAGUCUAUAGCAAAAAUUUCAGUUGCAUGCUCUGUUAAGAAAGAAACACAAUGUAAGAAAUUCUUUCCCCCCCUUCAGAUUGGGACAUGGAAGAGUGCAACACAGGGAUUGAAAGACAUAUUGUUCUUCUGAUUUUUGGAAGAAUCAAACAACAUUACUGUUGCAUUUAAAGAAAAUUGACCUGAGCUAUUUCAAGUAUCUGUUGAGCUCCCAGAUUUUCAAAGGCCUCAGAACUUGAAGAAAUAGAACUCUAUGCUUGCAGAAAUGCGCUGAGUGUUCAUCUGCCUUUCUUAUCUCUCGAUUGAACCUGUAUUACUGCAAAGCGAUUACCAGUCUUCGAAGCGAAACCCACUUAAGAUCCCUCCGUGACCACUUUCUUGGUGGGUACUCAUUAAGACUUCUGGAGUUUUCAAUGACUUCAGAAAGUGUGAAAGACUUAACCUUGACUUCAAACAUUAUCAAUGAACUGCACUAUUCCGGACAUACAUUUUAAGCACAUCUUUGUAUUUUCUUAAACAAAUGAAGAGCUAGCAUUUAAUUGAAUUUGGAGCUUUGACAAUGAUAUAUGUCUGUAGCUAUAUGUAUAUUUGCAAAUUGUUAUAUAUACACGAAUCAUCAGAUAUUGUAAACUUCUUUGGUGCUAUGUAAACGAUGUAGCUAUGUAUAUUUGCAGA